AUGGGCAACGUCUGCGUCGGCAACCGCUUCACCAAGAACCGCUUCUUCGGCCACUUCUCGCUCUGGCCCGCGCGCUCGCGCUCAACCGGCACGCCCUCCAACCCCACCACCACCUCCCGCUCCGUCCCCGUCGUCCAGGUCCAGCCCAGCGAGUCCGACGCCAAGACGUCGCCGCCGCCGCCGACCACCGCUCCGGCCCCCAUCGUCAUCUCCGAGCCGGGACCGGCGCCGCUUCCCGAGCCGCAGCCGACGCCGCCGCCCAGCGAACUCGACCCGUCACAGCCGCCGCCGCAGGCGUCACAAUCACAACAACAACCUGCUUCGCAACCGCAGCCGCAGCCGCAGCCGCAGCAGCAGGCCCGGCAGCAGUCGCGGAAGAAGGCGGCGCACAUCAAGCGCAUCUCCAGCGCCGGGCUGCAGGUGGAGUCGGUGCUCCGGCGCAAGACCGAGAACCUCAAGGACAAGUACAGCCUGGGGCGAAAGCUCGGGCAGGGCCAGUUCGGCACCACGUACCUGUGCGUCGACAAGGGCACGGGGCGGGAGUACGCGUGCAAGUCCAUCGCCAAGCGGAAGCUCGUCACCGACGAGGACGUGGAGGACGUGCGCCGGGAGAUCCAGAUCAUGCACCACCUGGCGGGGCACCCCAACAUCAUCGGCAUCCGGGGCGCGUACGAGGACGCCGUGGCGGUGCACGUGGUCAUGGAGCUCUGCGCCGGCGGCGAGCUGUUCGACCGCAUCGUGCGGCGGGGCCACUACACGGAGCGGCAGGCGGCGGAGCUGGCCAAGGUCAUCGUCGCCGUCGUGGAGUCGUGCCACUCGCUCGGGGUCAUGCACCGGGACCUCAAGCCGGAGAACUUCCUCUUCGUCGGCAACGACGAGGAGUCGCCGCUCAAGACCAUCGACUUCGGCCUCUCCAUGUUCUUCAGGCCAGGAGAGGAGUUCAUGGACGUGGUCGGGAGCCCGUACUACGUGGCGCCGGAGGUGCUGAAGAAGCACUACGGGCAGGAGGCGGACGUGUGGAGCGCCGGCGUGAUCAUCUACAUCCUGCUCUGCGGCGUGCCGCCCUUCUGGGCGGAGACGGAGCAGGGCAUCUUCGAGCAGGUGCUGCACGGCUCGCUAGACUUCGACUCCGACCCGUGGCCCAGCGUGUCGGACAACGCCAAGGACCUGCUCCGGAGGGUGCUCAUCAGGGACCCCAGGAAGCGGCUCACCGCGCACCAAGUCCUCUGCCACCCGUGGCUGCAGACGAUCGGCUCGGUGCCGGACAAGCCGCUGGACUCGGCGGUGCUCUCACGGCUGAAGCAGUUCUCGGCCAUGAACAAGCUCAAGAAGAUGGCCCUGAGGGUGAUUGCGGAGAACUUGUCGGAGGAGGAGAUCGCGGGGCUGAAGGAGAUGUUCAAGAUGAUGGACACCGACAACAGCGGGCAGAUCAACUUCGAGGAGCUCAAGGCUGGACUUCAGAGGGUCGGCGCCAACAUGAAGGAGUCGGAGAUCUAUCAGCUCAUGCAGGCUGCUGACAUUGACAACAGUGGCACCAUAGAUUACGGAGAGUUCAUAGCUGCCACGCUGCACCUCAACAAAGUUGAAAAGGAAGACCAUCUCUUUGCCGCUUUCCAGUACUUCGACAAAGAUGGCAGUGGAUACAUCACGGCUGAUGAGCUGCAGCAAGCAUGCGACGAGUUCGGCAUAGAAGAUGUCCGGCUUGAAGACAUGAUCGGCGAAGUGGAUCAAGACAAUGAUGGGCGCAUAGAUUACAAUGAGUUUGUUGCGAUGAUGCAGAAAUCGACUGGCGGCUUUGGCAAGAAAGGCCACCAGUACAACCUUAGCAUUGGGUUUAGGGAUGCCUUGAAGCAGGCACAUAGCUGA